GGAUGGAUAGCACGCUAAUUAGGCGACCUGGCUAACCGUGGGCGACCUCGCCCCCGGAACGCGCAUAGACGCGACCCUAUCGUUACCCGAAGCAGAUCGGCUAACCGACGAGCAGCCAACAUGACUGCCAAUGUGCAGAACCCGGUUCAGCAACAAAAUGCUAACCCAAAUCAACCCGCCCCACGUGCACGAGCUCCCAUGACGCCACCUGAUCUCUAUUUGUUUGAUCCCGCACACCACCUCGCAGGAGCAUGGCUGGCCACACUUAGAGCCCAACAGUAYAYYGAMAACGAAGCACARAUCAACAUUCCGGYUCGAAUGGGWGGAGACGCCCAUCAUUGGUUUAGUACCUAUGUAUGGGUGGAUCUCCCGACCUUCGAACGGGACUUUAUGAACCGAUUCGAUUAUGUCCACCCCGAGAAAGCGUUGUACAUGAUCAAGGAUCGAGUGCAAAAACCGCUCGAAUCCGUUGCGGAAUAUCGAAACCGGUUCUACAGAAUGUUCGUAAAAACUAAGCGAGGUGAGCAAGUCGGGAGAGAUUUGUUCAUUGAUGGACUCCGCAGUCGAACGAUAAGGGCAAAGUUGCGAAAGCAAUUUUCCCCCAUCACUCAUACGCUACAACAAAUUACGGCUGCUGCGGAAGAAACGGAACGGAAGUUCGCGGCGAACUUCCCGGAAGGAGAAGAUUACCCUAGAGACGGAGAUUCGACCGAGCUCGCUCGAGCCAGAGCAGAGCCGGCUGCUUUACAGAACAAAUUUGAAAACAUGGGGUUCGUAUCAGGACCUGUCACCUAUAUGGAACAGAUAGGCCCCAAACGAGUAAUCCUAAGUGAGACUCCGAGCAUCUCUGCUGCUAUGAUCCCCCCGCCACCGGUUGAGGCGCCUGUACGAUCAAACGAAUCGGCAGCCAUUUUCGAACUAACGAAAACCUUGAUUAGCUUGAUCCAGGAAAGCAAAAAGGAGCAGCGAGAACACAAUGCUCGGCUAGAAGCCAUGAUGAGGAACAUGCGACCCAUUGCGGUGCGUGCCCCUCCGAUGCAGCAAGGAUUAGCCCCGGCCCCUGAGCUCGGAGGAGUCGCAAACAAUCUGAAUGUCUGUGUAUACGGCGCGACAGAGUUCCGAUUCACGAGCAAUCCCGAGGUAGUGGUGCUGGCCGAGGCAACGGCGUUCCAACGGCGAGCGGCCCCGGGAAUCAGCCACGUGUCUACCGUGGUAGUCUUCAGCGGCGGCAUCACGGCCUUUGAUCCGGCGCGGCAAGCCGCCAUCAAAAGCACCUUGUACCGGUGGGGUCGCGAUCUGGCCGUUGAUUGGGAUCGAUGGCUCACAAGGCACGGUGACGAGUGCUAUCCUAUGGACGACAUUGAAGUCAACACGCUGCGCACAACGCUACGCAAGCCACCUGUCGUCCUCCCAGAACUUGCUCCCUUCCAGCCGCGCAGAAGAGCCGCGCGCCGAUCUCGACAAGAGUCGGCGGAAGCUGAAGAAGAAGAAGAAGAAGAAGAAGCAGAGGAGGAGACUUCGGAGGAAGAGGAAGAGGCCUAUAGCGAGUACAGCGAGGGAGAGCAAAGUGAGGAGGAGGACGAAGACGACGAAGAAGUGGAAAGCGGGGACGACCAGGAGCCAACGCACGACGAGCUCGAGUGGGUGCCAGGACCGGAUCGGCGAAAGGAGAACCCGGAGGCUGCUGCGCAGCGCAAGAAAGAGAUCGCGGAAGGAAAGCGGCUGGCGAUCGAUCCCGCACCGAACGAUCCUUUCAAGGAUCCUGAGCCGCCCAAGCCGGAACAUGGAGACCUUACUGCCACAACCUCGGGAGCCGCGACGACAAGGCGACGAUCCCGAUCCCGAUCCCGAUCCACGUCCCCUUCCGCCUCUGCCCGUCCCCCAAUUCGUCAACGUGUCAAUGAGGGGCUUAGCCCUUCGUCCCCGAUCCAUAUACCACCAUCCCCUUAGCUAUCUCUCUUUCAAUCAGUAUUUCCAUCGCGUCAUCUACCCCCGUAAUCCCUUCCCCAUCGCCACCUUCCGAC